AUGACCAACUCAACCACCCCGGAAACCCCCCUCUUCUCAACAACCCUCAUCUCCCCCACCGUCUCCGCCUCCCUCCCAGAGGGCUACAAGCUGCGCCCUCUCGCGCGCUCCGACUACAACAAGGGCUACCUCGACGUGCUGCGCGUUCUCACAACCGUCGGCGACAUUUCAGAGGAAGCCUGGAACACGCGGUACGACUGGAUCUCCGCCCGCAAUGACGAGUACUACAUGAUUGUGAUUGAGGACGAGAAGGGCGCAAUCGUCGCAACGGGGAGCCUGAUUGUUGAGCGCAAGUUCAUUCACUCGCUCGGGAUGGUUGGACAUAUUGAGGAUAUUGCGGUUGAGAAGGGGCAGCAGGGGAAGAAGCUGGGGCUUCGGUUGAUUCAGGCGCUGGAUUUCAUUGCGGAGAAGGUUGGGGCUUAUAAGACGAUUCUCGAUUGCUCAGAGACGAAUGAGGGAUUUUACCUCAAGUGUGGGUUCAGGAAGGCUGGGUUGGAGAUGGCUCAUUAUUACUAG